AUGGAUCGAACUGAAUUUCAGAACAUUGUCCUGCUCAUUGAGAGCGUGGGCCCGGAGGACCCCCUCGGACCCAAUGCCUUUGGCGCUAGAACUUUCCUUUCUAUUUCAGGUGCCUACGAUGGCCCUGCAGACGAGUGUCCAGCGCCAACUGACGUGACCGCCCAGCUUCUACAAAUGCGACAGGCUGGGCGUGCAAUCCUACAGUGGCUCAGCAAUCCUAAUGUGGCAUGUCCAAUUCCUAGAAUGACCUUAAACCUCGGUAACCUCAAUACCCAGUUCUGGACCGUUAACCAGCGUUUCGUUAACGACUUACCCGGCGGCUAUAGAGAAGACGAUAUGGAAGCCCUCGGGCUUCCAACCCGUCCCUUCAGGCAUAUCAACAUGGAAGCGUGGCGUGAUAUGGGCCCGAAUGAGAGUGCAGAAUUUCUCGGUUGCUGGAAAGGGCGCGCGGCUCCGGGUGUUCUUUUCAUUGAGCAUAUCGUGAGAAAGAAAUGGGGACCUUGGUCUGCCGAGUUAUGCAAGAUUGCUUAUGAACAGGUUGCGGAAUUGUCUACUCUGAAGACUAUUUUCGUGUGUCACAUCAUGAACGUAGAUACUCUUCCUCAGGUCCGAAUUACCGCCCCUCCGCCUGAAUUGAAGCUGUUUGUAUGCGGAACGCCUGGAUACCAGACUUUACUUGGGACUCGUAUCGGUAAGGUUGUUUCUUAUUUCAUUCUGGGGGCUUUUGGUCAGGGUGUGAAGCGGAUUGCUCGGAUUGCGAUUUGGUAUAUUGGACAGAGGCAGGAUAUUCUGCAGAUGCGGUUUGAUCUUGCGAAUAUUGGUGCGGAGUAA